AUGGCGGGCCAGUUCUGGUUUCCGUCUAUGUCCGUUCCCGAGAUCGUCGACGCGUUCACUGGCUGGGGCUUCUCGGUCAGCAACGAGCAGGUCGCGCAUCCAACCACAGACUUCGUGAUCAGCAUCUACAGCGCUUGCUUGGAGCAGGUUACUGGUAUUGCGCUCUCCACAUUGCAGACGCCGCUUGACACGGUUCUGGACGAGGUAGAGAAUAAGGACCUGUACACUCAAGCAUUGUCACACAACAUGCUUCUCCACCACCUGCAGCGUUUUGCCAACGCCGCUCGGUUUCACGACUUCACCGCAAAGGACAUCUACUUCCCGGACCCCGAGCGCUCGCGUUCCAUCUUCUCUGCAUUCAUCAAUUUCGUCAAAUUUGCCGAACAGUGCGAGACAUUUGUAUCUGGGCUGAGGGAGCGCUCGGCGUCGGUCAUCGAGGAGCGCGACAGGAUUGCGGAGCAGCUGGUAGAAACGAAGCAAAAGAUCGAGGCUAUCAAAGCGAAACGCGCGGAAGACGAACCCAAGUGCGAUGCAUUGCGGCAGGAAAACACGUCCAUGACGGAGCAGCUCAUCAAGUACAAAGAGACCCAGCUGACUCUUCUCAAAGACCUGGAGACUCUUAAGCAGGAGAUCGAAGUUCUGCUACAGCGCAAGGAAGGCAUCAACAACGAGACCGCUAUUGUCACGGAGAAGGUCAACCGUACAAAGAGCCGCAUCGUCCAGGACCCGGAGCGGAUCAAGCGUAACAUUGCCACGAUGAGUGCGACCACGGCAGAGGACAAGAAAACCGUUGCAACGCAUGAAGGCAAGAUUCGUGACCUGCAGACGAAGAUCACGGCGCUGCUCAACAUCGAGAAAGACGUACGCACAUGCAUCGAACAGCUGCAAGUAAUCGAGAAGGAGACGAACGCGCUUGACACGUCCCAGAAGGCCCUUGUCGACCUGCGGGACCAACUCGACCAGAAGAAAGGCGAGCGCUUAGAGCUCGAGAUGCGUCGCGAGCGCGUACACAAACAACUCUCUAAUGCACAAGUGAAGCUCGAACGCGCACAGCAAAAUGCGGAGGAGAAGCGUGCGCAGAGCCAGCAGUCGCUCGAGCGCUUGCAGGAGGAGUACGAGAAGAUGGUUGUGGACCGGCAACUCAAUGACAAGAAGGUCGAGGAACUGAGAGCCGACGCGGACGAGAUUGAGCGGCAGAUGGCAGAGCAUCUGAAGAAGAGCCAAGCAGAGCUGACGGAGCUGCUGACCGAGUAUUGGCGGUUGAGACACGAGACUGAGGUGUACAUGGAGACAUUGGCCAACAAACUAGGCAUGCAGGUCAGAAGUUCGUAG